UAUUUGUCUAGUGCUUAUGUAUAAAUAGCACAAGUCCUUGGCAAAUCAAACAAUAACUUCCUGGCACCAAGAAAAUGGAAGUGACCACCCUCAAAUCAUUGUUGUUAUUGCUUCUCUCUUUCCACCUCUUGGCUAUCCACAGUUUCUGUGAUGCCAACCAGGUCAACAACCUCCGCGAGAUAAUUAGAUCUCAUAAACUCAACUCUGCUUCUCACACAGAGUCGUGGAAUAAAGAAGAUGCAGAGUACAGUCCCCCAUCAUCACUUUACAUAGGUUCCCAGGAAGGAUUGAUGGAAGCUGAUAAGAUUGAUACUUUGCCAGGACAGCCCAAAGGAGUGGAUUUUAAUCAGUAUGCAGGAUAUGUUACAGUUGAUCCCAAAAAUGGAAGGGCGCUAUUCUAUUAUUUUGUUGAAUCACCUCAGAAUUCUUCCACCAAACCACUGGUAUUAUGGCUGAAUGGAGGGCCUGGAUGCUCAUCUCUAGGAUAUGGAGCCAUGGAAGAAUUGGGACCUUUCAGAGUCAACAGUGACGGAAGGACACUAUACAGAAAUGAGUAUGCUUGGAACAAUGUUGCAAACGUCAUCUUCUUAGAAUCUCCAGCCGGAGUUGGGUUUUCGUAUUCAAAUACUUCCUCAGAUUAUAUCACCGGCGACAAGAAAACAGCGGAGGAUUCUUACACUUUUCUGGUGAACUGGCUGGAGAGGUUCCCCCAAUAUAAAAGUCGCGACUUCUACAUAACUGGGGAGAGCUAUGCGGGUCAUUAUGUACCCCAACUUGCUUAUACAAUCCUCUCGAAUAACAAUACUACAAAUCAGACAAUCAACCUCAAAGGCAUUGCUAUUGGGAAUGCAUGGAUAGAUGAUAACACUGCCAUCAAGGGAACAUAUGAUUAUUACUGGACACAUGCUCUGAAUUCUGACGAAACCAAUGCAGGAAUCAACGAGUACUGUGACUUCCUUACUGGGAAUUUCUCAAGCAAGUGCUUUGAUUAUCAGGACCAGGGAGAUACGGAAGUCGGGAACCUCGACUACUACAACAUUUAUGCACCUCUCUGCAAUCAAUCACCACCAAAAUCUGGCUCACCUGGUUCUGUCAAGGAUUUCGAUCCCUGCUCCAGUUACUAUGUACUGUCCUAUCUAAAUCUUGCCGAGGUGCAAACAGCUCUUCAUGCAAAGGGUACAGAGUGGCAGGCUUGCAGAGGUCAUCUAGUAAAAUGGACGGACAGUCCAACAACAAUUCUGCCCACCAUCGAGAAGCUAAUGGCAAGCGGGAUUAGAUUGUGGAUAUACAGUGGCGACGUAGACUCGGUAGUAUCAGUAACCUCAUCUAGGUAUGCCAUAAACACCUUCAAACUUGCAAUCACAACGCCUUGGCAACCUUGGUACGCCAAUAAUGAGGUUGGAGGAUAUGUGGAGGAGUACCAAGGGCUCACACUCGUCACAGUUAGAGGAUCUGGGCAUACCGUCCCGAGCUACCAACCAGAGAGAGCACUAACCAUGAUAUACUCUUUCCUUCUGGGAACGCUCCCUCCUUCCUCUUAAGGACACAUUGGAAGCCAUUCCAUGUAACAAUUAUCUUAUCAUUUAUGUUCCAGAAACAUUUAAUAAGAACAUGAUCGAGUUUUGGGUGUAAAAUUCAUCUCAAGUUCAGCAAAAGAAUAUAGAUCAUCAAACAUUUGAUAGUUAUGUGGUACAAUAACAGAAAUUUAAGAUGUACACAUUUUAAAAUAUAACAGGUAAUAUAAACAUAAGUGUGAAAGCUUUUCAAGUUUUAAA